AUGACAGAACCACCUGAUAGUCAGAAUGUGGCACUAAUAAAAGCAUCCGAUAAAAAUGCGAACCCAGUUAAAUUUUCAGAAAGCAUCACAAACCAGAAUGUCUUAGACUUCGGUAACGUUAAUGCUCUUGUAGUUCGAAUAACAAAUGAUAACAAAUAUUGGGUUAUUGGUCUUUCGAAUGGUACAAUAGUUUUAUUACCCACAGAGGACAGUGGAGAUAAUAAAAAUAAUUUCUAUACCCUUCAUGCAGAUAAUGAAGCACUUCCUUGUUCUGAUUUGCAGCCUGUCCCAUAUUCAACUGAACACAGCCAGACUAAUCGACAUUUACUUUUAGCAGCAUAUGUAUCUGGUCAUGCACGUCUAUGGCAUUAUACAGGAGCUACGAAAUCUUCACGUCUUUUGGCCACUUUCACAGAGGAGAGAAUUACAAAUCCAUCAGAUAUUCAACCAAGAAUAAAUGCUGAGAAACCAAUGAAUCAAAUUCUAGCCUGUUCAUGUUCAUAUGAUGCUAAACGUUUUAUAACAGGUGGAGAUGACUGUCAUCUUAGAGUGUAUGAUUUGAAAUCUCGCACAUGUCUACGUAUAUGCAGUUCAAGCUUUUCAAAAGAUAAAAUGGAUGGACAUGUUCGACGUAUCUGCGCUGUAAAAUAUCAUCCACGUGGUGCUAUUUAUGAAGACUAUGUACACAUUUUUAUAACUGGCGGUUGGGAUGAUACAAUACAAAUAUGGGAUGAUCGAUAUUUACACUCUUUAUGGAUUUAUCAUGGUCCUCAUAUAUGUGGGUCAGAUGCACUUGAGAUUGAAUCAGAAUCUAAUCAUAUAUUAUCAACAUCUUGGCGUCGAGACAAAGCAAUAUUACAAGUUUGGAAAUUCAAUGAAGAGUUAAUGGUUGAAUUUUACGUUAACAGUCAAACAGCAGCUGCUCACUAUUGUCAACCAGUAGCUGAAAUAGCCCAAGAUGGUUACGAUAGACCAAGUAAAGGUUAUGUGGCAAAAUGGCUUGGUCCUUAUUACAUUGGAUUUGGUGGGUCUGGUGCAAACAUCCUUAAAAUCAUCAGUCGCCUAACACUGAAUGUUGUAGGUUCAGUUUCAGAACUUACCAAUGGUGUUUAUUCACUGGCCUACAUUCAACCCAAUGGGAAUGAUAAUGUCAACAGUGGUGGUGUAAAACGCAUAAUCCAGUUUGCAUUCGCUUCUGGUACACGUGUUUAUAUUGCACAAUAUGAACAGAAAUAA